UACGACAAGAACAUCAUGACCAAAGUGCACGGCAAGAGGUACGCCUACAAGUUUGACUUCCACGGACUGGCCCAGGCCGCCCAGGCGGCGGCGGGCGGUAUCGCCUCCCCGUACAAGUUCCACACAGAACUGUCCUACCUGCCCGGGUACCCGCACGGGCCCAAACUGAACUUCAUGGGGGGACAUAUCCCGUCGUCCUCUGCGAACCUGUUCGCGUCGCCAUCUUCCUACUGGUCCUCCACAGCGGCCAACAUCUACCAGAACCAUGGCAUGACGUCACAUCCGGGACACCUAAGUUCUUACUACCCUUAAAAGUUAAAAACAUUCACUCUCGUUUCUAUAAUCUACCCAAAAACUGAGAACCACGUUAUACAUAGCGACCGAAAGAAGAACCUUUCCGAACGGUUCUGAGAAUACACUGAUUGAGUGAUGAACCAAUUUGUUGGCACACGACGGGCUGAUCAUGUUGUUUUUAUUCAGGUUUUAUAAAAAGACAUUGCGCAUGCCCACGCGCACGAUGCCUAGAGUGUAUAUCCGUGAAGGUCUCCGGUCAUGUUUGCCGUGGAAGACAUGUCGACAAAGUCAAACACUGACUGUAAACUUAGACAUCUGAGAAGUGUAACUUCAUAGAUUUUAUUCUUUCAAUUUGUGGGAGUUGAAAAAGAACGUGCAUGGGGAUGUAGGUGUAAAUUAAAGCUACCAUAGACCAGGGUAAUGUUUAUUUCUUUAUUCUAUAAAUGUGCAUCUUACUUUUAUGUCGUUCUCUAAACUGUAUACACCGAGCUCGAGUCUCUCAAAAGAACUUAUGUUGGUAAGAUACUUAAGCUCAGUCUCUU